GGGUCUGGUGCUGGGCUUAUUGUUCAGUUUCCUCUUUCUCCAGGGCAAUCUAUAAGAAGCAUCCCUAAGAGUGUGCUCCGAUUUUCCGAGCAAGAGAGCGAGCGAGAGCAAGGGAUAUUACGGAAAGGAAACGCCAUGACGGGAGAAGAGGUCGCGGGUCCUGCCGCCCCCAAGGUCCUCCGUCUUCUAUAUUUUGUCGGUGCUGGAUUCAUUUGCACGGCUGCAAUUAACAAGUGGCGGCAGCUGGAGCGUAAAGCAAUGCUACAGAAGCAGCAGGGGAAUCAAUUGCCUGAAGAUUCAGCAAACGCGGUGCAAAAGGCCGUCGAUUAAUUUUUAAUGUUUUCUCCAGAGAUUUGGAAUUUGGAAGUCACGAGGAACCUAGUUACUUGGCUUCAUGAAAAAAAGAAAUGGUUUUUAAACCUUGAUAGAAGUUUAAUGGAGAUAAAAACCCGUUGUAAGCACGGUUAGAGUUGUGCUUACCGAUGGUGAUUUUGUUCAAGAAAGUUGUAAAGAAAACUUGGGUCUGAUUGUUCAACCAAAAGAAGCAAUCUUGGAAACUUCUGUGGAAGCUUUGCAAGAGCCAGGGUCUGAUGCUGAAGUUAAGGAUGUCAGAGGGUGAGCAAGAAAAUACUGAUGCCAUAGGAAAGGUUGAUGAGACUGAGGAUUCAUGACAAGACACAGUGGAUUACAAAAGGGGAAGAUAUGGACUAUCUUGAAUGCUAACAAGUUGAGAGCAAGGACGAAAAUGAGAUUGGUUUUCCCAGUACAGAUAAAUUCAAGAAGGGUUGUGUGUUAUGAUCCUAAGAGUUAAAGGUUUAAUCAAAUUAGUAUCCAACAGUCCUAGGACUUUUGGAUCAAUGAUUGGGUCUUUAACAUUUGGUAU